AUGGUUUCUCGUAAUAUCUUAGCCACAACUCUGUAUGCUGCUUCAGCACUUGCAAUUCCUCACCAGAGAGGAUCUGAUAACCCAACGGCUGUCAUCGACACGGGGGAUGUAAUUGGUACUACCACGUCCAUCCCAGACUCAAAAGUCACCGUCAACAAGUUCCUCGGCAUUCCUUUCGCUGAAGCUCCAGUACGCUUCGCAGCACCCAAACCAGCCAAAUCGUGGUCAAAACCCUACGAUGCCUCGAAGCACAAGCCCGCUUGCAUACCCAAGUUCAACUACCCUGAAGACAAGCGGAAUGAGAGCAUCAAGAUCUGGUACACUCCUCCCCCACCUGCCGGGGAAAGUGAAGACUGCCUGAACAUCAAUGUGUUUGCCCCGGCAGGCUCGAAGCCUGGUUCCAAAGCUGUUGCGUUCUGGAUCUAUGGAGGAAGCUUUCACCACGGAUCAGGAUCCCUGCCGCUGUAUGAAGGGUCGAAGAUGGCAGGGUAUGAGGAUAUUAUUGUGGUUACUUUCAACUACCGAAACAACAUUUUUGGCUUUCCUGAGACAUCUGGGCUGCCAGAGGGCGAACGCAACCCUGGUUUCCUCGAUCAACGUCUUGCCCUGGACUGGGUACGACGAAACAUCAAGGCUUUCGGAGGUGAUCCCGAAAAAGUCACCAUAUUUGGAGAGAGCGCCGGCGCAGCCGGCGUCGAUGCGCUUCUGACUGCUCCUCCGGACCCCCUUCCCUUCCGCGGUGCUAUCAUACAGUCAGGCACAGCAAAGGCUACCCUGACACCAAGCGGAUCCUGGGUGAAUGCCACAGAGAAAGCAGGCUGCAAGAAAGACAACUUUGACGAAACCCUCAAGUGCAUGCGCGAGUUGCCUGCUGACAAGCUUCGGGAUGUUGUCGAGAGAGCAGCACUCACCUUUAUGCCACUUGCUGAUGAUGGCGUCACCCAGGCAAACUACCCUCGUGGACAACGCCUCAGGUCAGAGGAGGACCCAGAGUCCAUGGCCCGCGUUCCAAUCUUGAUCGGAACCACUGCCGAGGAAGGCCGGCUUCCCGAGCUCAAAGAAAUCACCUUGGAGGAGGCCUUGUCCCACUUUGCCUCUGGUAUCACACCAGCCCAGAUCCGACUCCUCCGAAGCCUCUACCCUAUUGGAUCCCCGGGCAUCAACAACGAGUUUGACCAAAUCACCACCAUCGUGACCGAGGUUGGUGCGCAGUGUCCGACAAAGUUCAUGGCAGAUGAGUUCUCCUCGGUUGGUAUCAAGACCUGGCGAUUCAUCUACAACGCGAGCUUCGAGAACACCGAGAUCUUUAAAGGUAGUGGAGCAUACCACGCUGCUGAGCUUAGCACUCUCUUUGGAAGUUUCCCUGAGAAAGGAGCUACAGAGUAUCAAGAAAAGCUUAGCAGAGUGAUGCAAAAGGCGUGGGCCGAUUUUGUCAAGGACCCAGAGGAAGGGCCCGGAUGGGAUGAGGUGCCCAAGGUCGGGGUGCUUGGUGAUGGCGUGAGGCCUGAUGGUGAUACGAAGGGAGGCGAUGGGUUGGAGGUUAUCAAGCCUACGUUGCUUGACCUGCGGUGUCAUUUGUAUAAGAAUAUGUGGGAGAAGUCGAAUCCUGAGGAGUGA